CUCUCUCUCUCUCUCUCUCUCUCUCCAUCUUUUUAUGCACAUUUAUUGAAGUUUCAUAAUAAGUGAAAAGAUUUCAUCAUCAUUUAAUGGCUUCCUUUUCGUCAUUCUUGGCAAAGUUCGUGAUUUUCAUGGCAUAUUUUUCAUCACUAGCUUUAACAUCUGAAGUACUACAUGUACAGUACUCUACUAUAUCAGCAGCACCUGCUCUCUUGCCUGAACCCCCCUUCUCCUCUACUUCUCCUCCUCCAACUUCAAGCUUAUCACCAGAUAUUGAACCGGUUUUCCCUACUACAGGAGCUGCUGUUCCUUCUCCAGCCGAGUCUUCGCUGCCCACCAUUCCUUCUAGUCCUAGCCCUCCAAAUCCAGAUAUUAUUGAUCCAGAAGCGCCUGGUCCUGUGUUUGGAAUUUCACCAUCUGGGUCUUUGCCAGCUUCAUCUGCAACUUCUUUAACUUCAUCAGCAAUUCUAUGUUUAGCUUUGCAUUUUCUUGGUCUGAUGGUGUUUUGCUUAGAGCAGCUUUCUGCUUGAUGAGGUACUGUUGGUGGCAGCUGCUUAUUGUUGCUAGUGGUUCUACUUUUCUUUUCUUUCUUCAUUUAAUUUUUUUGUUUAUUCAUGUUGCUUUUCUGUAGUAUAUUGUGCUAUAUUUUGGAUUUUAGGCAAGAAUGAAAGUAUGACAUUGUUUGUAAUCGCAAUUAUUGCAUUUCUAUGUCCCUGAGGAGACAAAUAAUAAGCUGACGCUUUUAAAGCUUACAGAACAAAAA